UGCAGAUAUUUUAAUAGCCUUAUCUUUUGUCCUUACCACGGAGACCUAGGAAUUUCGCUAGAAACUUGCUAACUUCGAUAAUUUGUAUAUCUCGCUUAAAGACUAGCUAAUUGGUGUACGUUUUCAAACCUUUGAAUCUUGUAAUCUUGUAUUGUAACCGGUGUAUGUGAAUGUGCUGUAUCUCCAGCUUUCUCACUCCGUUCCACCAGUAACUGGCUGUAAGGAAAAAGAAAAAUGAGGCUGGUAAUCCUUGACAACUACGACCUGGCCAGUGAAUGGGCUGCCAAGUACAUUAGGAAUCGCAUUGUCCAAUUCAAGCCUAGUGCCGAUAGGUACUUUACACUAGGUUUACCCACAGGAAGCACCCCGCUUGGCUGUUACAAAAAGUUAAUAGAAUACCACAAAAAUGGAGACAUCUCUUUCAAGUAUGUUAAAACUUUCAACAUGGAUGAGUAUGUUGGGCUACCCAGAGACCACCCAGAGAGCUACCACUCCUAUAUGUGGAACAACUUCUUCAAGUAUAUAGACAUUGAUCCUGCGAAUGCCCACAUCCUGGAUGGCAGUGCCGCAGACCUGCAGAAGGAAUGCGAGUUGUUUGAGCAGAAGAUCGCAGAUGCCGGAGGGAUAGAGCUGUUCGUUGGAGGUAUUGGACCUGAUGGGCACAUUGCCUUUAAUGAGCCUGGUUCCAGCCUUGUUUCCAGGACCAGAGUGAAGACUCUAGCUCAGGACACCAUACUUGCUAAUGCCCGUUUCUUUGGGAAUGAUCUAUCCAAAGUCCCCACUAUGACUCUGACUGUAGGGGUUGGAACAGUGAUGGAUGCUAGAGAGGUUAUGAUCCUAAUCACAGGAGCCCACAAAGCGUUUGCCCUGUAUAAGGCCAUAGAGGAGGGAGUGAAUCACAUGUGGACCGUCUCGGCCUUCCAGCAGCACCCCAGGACCAUCUUUGUAUGCGAUGAGGAUGCAACCCUUGAACUCAGAGUCAAGACCGUCAAGUAUUUUCAAGGGCUGAUGCACGUGCACAACAAGUUGGUGGAUCCACUCCACAGCAUCAGGGACCACAAAGACUGAAGACGUGCACCUAAGGCCGGCCAACAGGAAACGCUCCAUAGCCGUCUGGCGACGCAGUGACCUAUGCAUAUCAGUCACUUUGUCAACUAAAACGCUUCUGUACUGUAGAAGGGACUCCUUCAGUCACUGUGAAAAUGCUGAGAUCUGUUUCAGGCUCAGACGUGCACAUCUUUCUACAUUUAGUUUAAAAAAAGACAUUUAGCAAGUUGGUAUGUUCUCAUCUUCAGUCUCUUUGUAGGUCCAACUCUUCAUCUAGACCUCAACAACAUACUUAGCCAGGGGUAGAGCUCAUAUACUACACACCUGUUACUGGUUAAGAUUGUCAGAACUGGGCCUCCACACUCCUUUACUUUUCUCUAUAACAGGACGUGCUGAGGGGUCAGUCCGUAUCCUGGCAUAUUAACCUUAAACCUUCUUGCACUGCACUAUCGUGGUGAGGUCAUUUACUCUGUACGCUCCUCAGCUGGUGCAGUCUGGUCACUCCUGCUUUGGUAUACUGCAGACAACAGCGUUUGACUUUGCUAAUUCUAUUUCUGGGAGGUAAUACUCUUGCCUUUCCUCUGUGUUCGUGAUGGGGACUACAGUAAGUGAAAUUGGGAGGUAUUGUUACUGACAUUGGUCAUGUGUACUUGUAUAAUUUUCUCUGAGCACACAGGGGACCGUUUGCGUUUUCCUAACCCUCUCUCCUCCGCCCCUUUUUCAUGGCCUUUCUUGUGUUCACUUUUUGCCAAUUGGGCUGCAUGACAGAAUGUCAGUGGAAAUGUCAUUCACAGUCUGCACCUGACCGCUUUCCUUACAAUAAAAAGAAUUCUGUAUUUUA